GGGCAUGUCCAACUCUAUACUUUUGCGAACGCGCAACACACGCGUCCACGUGCACGCAUGCACACUCUGGCACAUACAUAAAGAGAGCAAACAGUUGGAUUCUUUCGGGGGCAGACGGCAAAAAUGGCAAGUACUCGGGAUGCUGCGCUCCAUCCAAGCGGAGCCGGCUGCGCGGUUUUACGCGCGGCUGCAGGACCGAGCUCAUCCAAAAAGACCCCGAGCCUCCCCGAGUUGAUCCUGAUCAUGUCAGGGAUGUUGCUCAUCCCGGUCCAGCCAGCAUCAGCUCAUCCUCAAUGCCUGGACUUCGAGCCACCUUUCAAACCUUCCUGGCACCUGGAGUUUUGUACCCAGUACGAACAGUUUGGCUGCUGUGACCAGAAAACGGACAACACGAUCGCGGAGAGAUACUGGGACAUUAUUGACCAGUUGGAAGUAGCAGGUCAUGAGCUCUGUGCAGACAUGUUGAAGGAGGUUAUGUGUCAGGAAUGCUCUCCAUAUGCCGCCCACCUCUAUGAUGCUGAGGACCCGUACACACCUGUCAGAGAGCUACCUGGCCUUUGCUCUGGCUACUGUUCCGAGUUUCAUGGCAAAUGUCGCCACGUGGUUAAAUAUUUAACUGACAACCAGCUGCUGCAGGACACCUCUGAGCGGGACGUGUCCACGUUCUGCAGUCUGGUCGACCUGUCUGACCAGGACUACUGCUACCCCAAUGUUUUGAAGACCUCUGACCUCAACAGCAACCUGGGGCAGGUGGUGGAAGACCCCAGAGGGUGUCUCCAGCUGUGCCUGACUGAGGUGGCCAAUAAUCUCAGGAAUCCUGUCUUGAUGUUGCACAGCGGCGAUGACACGCACCGGAUGUUCAUCGCAGAGCAGGUGGGCUUUGUGUGGGUUUACCUGCGUGACGGCAGCCGGCUGGAGCAGCCUUUCCUGGACAUGAGCGGGGAGGUGCUGACCACACCCUGGCUGGGGGAUGAGAGGGGUUUCCUGGGCAUGGCGUUUCACCCCAAGUACAGAGACAAUGGACGCUUCUUCAUCUACUACUCUAUCCAAGUCAACAGCAAGCUGGAGAAAGUCAGAAUCAGCGAGAUGAAGGUGUCUGCCUAUGAUAUGAACGUGGCUGAUCCUUACUCAGAGAGGGUCAUUUUAGAGAUUGAGGAGCCAGCUGCAAACCACAAUGGAGGCCAGCUGCUGUUUGGUUUUGAUGGAUGUUUGUACAUUUUCACUGGAGAUGGUGGAAAAGCCGGGGAUCCAUUUGGGAAGUAUGGCAACUCACAAAACAAGACUGCUCUGUUGGGAAAAGUACUUCGCAUUGAUGUGGAUGGAAGUGACCCCAGUGGGAGGCAUUACAGGAUCCCCCCUGAUAACCCAUUCCUUGGUGACCCAGAUGCUCGGCCAGAGGUGUACGCAUAUGGGGUCAGGAACAUGUGGCGAUGCUCUGUGGACCGUGGCGACCCUGUCAGCCGCUACGGCAGGGGCAGGAUAUUUUGUGGAGACGUUGGUCAAAACCGCUACGAGGAGAUUGACAUUAUUGUGAAGGGGGGAAACUAUGGAUGGAGAGCCAAAGAGGGUUUCGAGUGCUAUGAUAUGAAACUGUGCCACAACUCCUCCUUGGAUGACAUCCUGCCUAUAUUUGCAUAUAGCCAUCAUGUUGGGAAGUCUGUGACAGGGGGAUAUGUGUACAGAGGAUGUGAAUCACCCAAUCUGAACGGCCUGUACAUUUUUGGAGACUUCAUGAGUGGUCGAAUAAUGGCAUUAGAGGAAGAUAAGACAACGGGACAGUGGAAGGAAAAGAGUGUUUGUAUGGGUGAUACGAAAACAUGCUCUUUUCCUGGACUCAUCAAUCAUCACCACAAGUUCAUCAUCUCAUUUGCUGAAGAUGAAGCAGGGGAGCUGUAUUUUCUUGCCACUGCGUACCCCAGUGCCAUGUCUCCUUUUGGAACUGUUUUCAAAUUCAUGGAUCCCUCCAGGAGAGCUCCUCCAGGGAAAUGUAAGCAGAAGCCACUGCCUGUCAAAGUGAGGGGGAAAAAGUUUCCAUUUGUGCCCAGGGAAUUGACUGUGCUGGACAUAAAUGAAAAACCUACAAGACCACCACCAAGAAAACUCAAACUCACCACCAAACCACUGGUGACGAGCAGCCAGGUCAAACCUACGACGACGGCGGCCAGCACGAUGACGACAACAACAGCGACGUUGACAACAAAGAGCACUGGUGCGCUGAAGUGGAAAUCACCUGAUAAGAAAGCAAAGAAGAAAAAUAAAUUGAAACCGUGGGGGAAAAACAAAAUGCUGAACAAGCAGGAAGUCAAGAAGAAGAAUGCUUUACAGCAGAAAUCCAGGGAGGAGUCAAAGAAGAUUGCUGUGAUCAAGCCUGACAAAGAUAAAGUAAAACCAAAGACCAAUCAGACUGCGACAGAUAAUUUAAAAACUAACACCCUGAAAACCUCAAACAGCCUGAAAGAUAACGCAUUCAACACAAAAAAGAAGACUGCUGAGAGGAAAGGCACACAGAAGCAAAUCAGACUUGAGAAAAACAGCAUAAAGAUGAAAGAAUCAGCAGCAGAAUAUCAUGCUUUCAUGAACAAAACUAAGACGAACUUGAAUGUAAAAAGCAACAGGACAAUGAGAAACCAACUUCAGGUGAAAAACAAGCAAGCAAGAGUUUCCAAAGCACUUUAAAAUCUUAUUUUUUAUUAUGACCAAGUCACUGUUGUUUUGUAUGUUUUUUGUAUGUGAAUCAGUCAAUGUUGACUGUCACAUUGGUUUGAUAUUUUGGGAAAAGCACAGACUUGCUUUCUUUCCAAGAAUUAGAUGAUAAGACUGAUACCAGCGACAUGUCUGUUCAGUAAGCAGCAGCUGUUUAGCAUAGCAUAAACACAAUCCACUUCCCAGCAGAGCUCACUAAUUAACAUGUUUUAUCUUGUUUUAUUACUUUUGGAUAAAAGCAGGCGAGCUGUUUCCCCGUUUCCAGUUUUUACAUAAGGCUAAGCUAACCAUCUCAUAGCUGUAGCUUCGUAUUUACUGCACAGCGAGGAGAGCGGUGAGUCUUCUCAUCUACUGCUCAGUAAGAAAGCAAAUAAGUACAUUUCCCAAAAUGUUGAACUAUACCUUUAAGGACACAAGUGUUGCAUGCAAUUAUGCAUGUAAUGACACUGUUUCCUUAACAUUUUAUUUUUGACAGUCAUAAAAUGUUUGGUUAAUCACUGCCCCGUCUGUAUUUAGAACAUAUCAAAUAGGUUUGAAAUGGAAAUAAGGAGCAAACUCACACAAAAACUUCCAACGAUACCAAACCCCAGUGUUGUUAAAAUGCUCUAAUUUUACAACACAUGCAAGUGCUAAAAAUAAACAUUUGAAAGUGUCUGUGUGUGUGUGUUUCAGAAGCUCUCUGUAAUUAAACUCCACACCACUGAUCAUAACUGAAACCACUGUGACCAUGGCUUGUAUAAUGGCUGCUGUAAACAUAAAGCUGCCCUGACAGUGACAUGCAGUUGUGCACACUGAGGUUACGUCUGACAGUCCUCAAAGCCCACAGUGUGUAUUUCAUAAUUUCUAAAAAAGAGCCUCAUAUGGCAUUUUGUAACUUGUUUUGGUUAUGAUGAAGGAAAGGUCACCCGAGGGAAGGCGCUCUCCUCUGCUUUCGUAACACCUAACAAAAAUGACAUGACAAAAGAAACAUAUCGUACCAUAUGAUGAAAGCAGUGUGUUUGAUUGACAUGACAAUGUAAAGACAGGCAACAUACCAUACAAGAGCACGUCAUGUUAUCAAAUAAACAUGAGAAGUCAUGAUAAUCUUAUUCACUUGAGUCAGCAGUGCUAAUUCACAACAGAAGUUAUCUCACUGUACAUAUUCUGUCUGUAUUUGCUGCUGGAAACGUAAUUUCCCUGAGGGAGUCAUCCCAAAGGGAUCGAUAAAGUCUAAGUCUAUAUAGAGCAGGUCUAGACUGUACCCUUUAUCUCAUAAAAUUUACAGAGAGAUCCCACCAUGACUGUGGCAAGGAAAAACUUCCUUUUAAGAGGCAGAAACCUUGAGCAGAACCGGACUCAGGGUGGGCGGCCAUCUGCCUCUGUCUCAUCUGAAAGGCUUCUCGAGUUCUGAGGAAGGAACUGAAGAGGCCUCUUGGAUGAGAGAUGAAAUAUCUUCAAGGAACCUAAAAGAAGUCCAUGUGGCUUCGAACUCGAGCACUUAAGACCACCAUGACCUGGAUGACCGAGACCCUACACAGACGUCAUAAUCAUUUUCUGAAAACUUCAACCAAAUCCUGUCUUCACCGCUGAAGCCAUACUUUCUACCAUGACAUAACAUAAUUUACCCUAAUUAUUAUACCAUACUGUUUUGUAACAUGACAUGAACUUGCCAUACCAUGACACAUAACACAAGAUGAUGUUUCAUUCCCAUGUGUAACCAAGAGAUUGCUUAGACAAGGGAUUCUUUCUCGGCUCCUAACAUGCGAACAGUCAGGUGUGGUCAUGUUUUCCUGACAACAUAUUAGUCAGACAUUUUGAAGACCUGUCUUAAACUGAGGUGCUAUGGAAUAAAAGUAUUUCAAGUUCAGAGACCCUCUUAUAUUGCAGGGCUCCAAGUGCUCAUUUCCCUCCACAUCAAGGGUAAGUCUGCUGUGUGUCCUCUGUAUGUUGUAGUAUAUGUUGCUGUUUAAAUUUAAACCACAGGACCCUCUCAAAUUACAGACCUUCAAAACUAUGCAUCUGUGCUUAAAUGUAGCCAGUUAAAAAGACCUGGUGGUGCUACACAAAUCAACUUCUUUGGAUCUUUGGGAGUUUUUUGCUUUAACACACACAAAAGUACCUACUUUUGUGACAGAGAUGAGGCUGCCAGAGCAAUGUGUGGAAGUGGUUCUUUUCCUGUUGUGCAAGAGCUCCUAUUAGCUCUGUUUGUCAUUACCUGGGGCUGUUUUGCUAGAGGGGCAACACUUUGAAGUGUAAAAACCACACCACUUUUCAACUGACACAACGCUUCACUGACAUGUGAGGUGACUCACAACAUGAUGGUCUCCCCUUUCAAAGAAGAUGUCUGCAGGUUUCUGUGAUUUAUCAUUUCUUGUUGGAUUCCUUCCAAUAAUGUAAAGAGCUGCCCUGUGCUGAAAUAAGUGAAUUUGAAUGUUGGGCAAAAACAUAGAUGCUCUCUUUUUCAAAACUUAAAUAUAUACUUAGAUUAUAUAUUGAAUAAUUGGAUCAUCUGAAGUUCACUUUACAGUAAUCUGGGUGCCAUUGAGUUUACAGUGUGACCAGCUUCAAUUGAGCCUACUUAUAGUGUGGCCCUCGAGGUGAGGAUGAUAGUUCAGAGCGUCCAGCUGUCUGUAUCCAUGGCAGAGGUACCAACAUCCUGUAAUGCCUUUGAAAACAGAGGAAAAUGUUAUUAACAGAGCAGUGUAGAGUGGCUGAAUAGUUGAGUAAAAAAAUGUGGCGUUCGUGUGCUGCCUGGAUUUUUCUUUUGCAGCCUGAAGACGUGUAAUCAGGUGGGUUGGAGACUCUGAAUUGCACAGUGUUUGAGAUUACAACAUUCUGCCAUACUACACACUCAUUCUGUACUGUUAGGCACAUGGAAUGCUGUUCUGUGUACUAUACACAGUAUCAUUAUAACAGAGGUCUGCCUUCAUAACAAAUAAUAAAUAAUAAUAAAUUACUUUGCUUUAUUGAUUUAGCUUUUAAAAAUAUCUGUAGAGCCAUACAGGUACAGUGGGCUGUUGGCUCUCACAGAUAAAAACAUCCAAGACUUUAACAUCAUCUCCAGUGGAGCUCUCUCAGCUUUGUGAGAAAUGUAGCACCACUCCACAACUUACUCUCAGUGUAGAAAUGGUGAACUGUGACUGACCGCAGGACUAGUCUAUUUUGAUAUAGGAGUAAAAAAAAAACAAAAAAAACUUGACUAUGUAUGGAGUUAUGGUCCAAAUUUAGCAAGAAACCCAAGAAAAACUCUUGGAUCAAUAUGAAUGCAGUGCUGAAAUUAUAAAGCAAUUUUAAAAACAGGCUGCUGGAUUUGAAAUUCUGUUUGAAGCCACAUCUGAAAAAAAAAAAACCUAUCAAUCUCCACCAUCAAUCAUGUUCAUAAAAAAAUCUAAAUCCACAACAGAGUAGUGUUUUUGAACAAGUUGUCAUUGCUGCCUUAAAAAUGUAAUUAACUGAAACGUGUAGCAAAAAGGUAGUUUGACCAGUGCUGAAACAGAAGCAGAGAAUAGCUUACAUUGCAUUUAAAAGUCUCAGCCACUCCCUCCCAUUACUUUAUAAAGUUUGGCUUCACCAAAAAGCCUUGAAUAUGCUUAGAGAUUAUUCUCACCCAGCGGCUGCCCAGUUUAAAGGAGGCACAUUCCCUGAGGGUUUUGUUUUUAGCUCAUUUCCAGUCAAAUUUUUUGUGGUUUGUGUAGUUUUUGGAGCUCACCGAUGCAAAUCAAAAUUUGUUAUAACAGCAAUAAACUUAACUCAAACCAAAUCCGUACAAUCAUAUCCAGAAAUGUCUUCCUUCAAUCAGCAGGCUCUUGCUAUAGCUAAGGCACAUUACUGCCCCCUACUGGCCAUACUUUGUAACUAAUGUUGGGUAUUACAGAGGAUCACCAGUGACUGUUCAACCUGAUGGUAGAGUGAGAAAAUGUGGAUGAAAGAGACCUACAUCUGUAGGAAUCGUGCCUUACACACUUUGACCUCUUAAAAUACUGACAGGGGUGAACAGGUUUCCCUUUAACUGAGAGGUCACAGGGUUUGAUCUUUGUUUCCAACAGAAGCUUCAGCAUGUUUGUCCUGUCCAAGUGUCACUGACCCACUGACCUGCUGCUGGUCAAACUCUGUAAGUUUUUCUAAAUAACAGCAUCGCACACAUGAGAACUGGUGAAGCUGGAAAAUAUUUGACCUGAUGUUUUGUUUUCAUGCAGCAGCAAGUGUCAACUUUAAACAUUCACAGCAUGGACCUCAAUUUGAAAUAUAACCCAGUCAGCAGUUCUUUACUUUCUUCAUCAAGAUGUUUUAAUGUUGUACUAUCUAAUGUUUUAUAAUCAGUCAUUGUGAUUUUGUGCUACUAGUCUCUUUGAAAUUACACAUGCCUUAAAGUAGGAAGAUAUAAAAAUGUUAAGAGCAUUAAAGGGGAGGAUGUUUACUCUUUAGAAAUGAAUAGAUGGAAGAUUUACCAGCAUUAAAACAGAUAAAAUACCAAAUGUUCUGCAACUUUUUAAUACUGGAGGUUGUUGUUGCC